GAGUAGAGUAGAGUAGAGUAGAGUAGAGUAGCAUGGCGGAUAGCUUUGGUAUCAGAAUCAGACAAGAAAUGGAUAUAGAAGGAAUAGUGGAUUUAUUUUUUGAUUAUCCAUCAGAUGACGAUGAUAAUGCCAAUCAGUUUCCUGAAAGGGAAUUUCAUCCUAAGAUCGUACGUUAUUUUGAAAAUGUCGUGUUCACAUAUUCUUUAACAGCAAUUGCGAUGCAAGCGGAGAAGAAAGACGCUGAUGCUGAAAAAAAUGAACUUGUUAACGAUGUGACUACGACAUCAAUCGUGAAUGAAGUGACAAAUUUGAAGAUCGAAGAUAAUCAUUCAGCAGGUUCAACACCGAGUAGUCCUGGCAGUACUCAGUCGGGUAGCUUUCUAACCAGCUUCAAAGCGUUCUCCAAAUUCGGUGAUCCAAAAAGCGAUGGUAAACUGAUUACAUUGAGUCAAAGCGACAAAUGGAUGAAACAAGCGAAAGUGAUCGACGGAAAGAAAAUUACUACCACGGACACAGGAAUUUACUUCAAAAAGCACAAAUCCAUGAAACUCAAUCUCGAGCAGUACAAAACAUUUCUUGAAGAAUUAGCCAAAAGUAAAAAAGUAGAAUUGGCAGAAAUAAAGAAGAAAAUGGCCAACUGUGGACCUCCUGGAGUUACUGGUGGCGUAAGCGGAAACCGCCUUGGAAGAAAUAGUUUUCUUAAAAAUCCAUGAUUUUUAUUCAGCACCAAGUUUCUCAACAAAAUAAAAAAUAUUUUUAACAUUUAGAAAAAUAGAUUGUAUUUUUUUUUAGGAAAUUAUUAAACUAUAUUUUUGUUCUUAAUAUAAUUAUGAAAGAAGGAGAGUUCUUAAGGGAAUGCUGGAGUGGACGACAAACUCGUUAUGCGUCGAUAACAUAGAAGCGAUCGUCAAAAAGUAGAAAACGUAAUCAUUUACCGACGAUACUAAUUUCAUGUAUAUAUAGAUACCAGAGUUGGGUAGUAGCUAGUUAAAAAGUUAAAAGUUAAGUUAAAAAGUUAAAAAGUUAAAUGGCUUUAACUUAACUUAGUUACAUUUUUACACUCUUAACUUUUAACUUAACUUACAAUGGUAACACGAGGUGACUGCUCCGGGGAUUUUGAUGAGCUUUUUACAGGCUGUUCUUGGGCGAAAAAAAAUCGACAUGUGUCCGGCCGUUUCAGCCAAUGGGCCAUAGUUUAAAAAAAAAAUCGAUUUUUAAAGAAUGUAUCUAGUCGGUCGCGGUACACUUGAUAUAUUCGAACGUCGCUAUUGAACAGUAGUAGCAGUAGAGCAGUAGGUAAGACGUUGGCUUCGUACGCCGUAAGUUGUGUGUUCAGAUCUCGUCUCGUGCAUUUUUUUUUAAUUCGUUCUUACCUAUAAUUAUUUA